GUCUUUAUGUGCUGUGAAGUUUCUUAUCCCCUGACAGAUAUUAUUGGAGAGGAGGGGUCGACGAACAUUCUUGGAAUUCAACUUCAAACAUCAGACCCCGGCACUUUUCUAGUCUCCUUCUUCCUGAGUAAACAUGCAGCUCGGUAGAAGUGCAGAUGUCUCCAUCACCAUUCAAGAAAAGCUGAAAAGUGUCAUUGCCUCAGAGUUAGGAUGCAACAUCUUUAGAAUACAUAGCCAGUUGCGGAAGGUAAAUGAGAAAGCUUAUGAACCCGAGAUCAUAGCAAUUGGACCAUAUCAUCGUGGAAAACCUGAUCUCUCAGGUAUGGAGGAGCACAAGUUGGUUUAUCUAAAAUCAUUGCUUGGUCAAAAGAUUGAGAAGGUGGCAACAUGUGUUGCUGCAGUGAAGCCAUUGGAGGAAAAAGCGCGAAAGUGCUAUGCAGAGCCUAUAGCCCUUUCAUCAGAUGAGUUUUGUAGAAAUAAUGCUCAAAAGGAUUUGAUAGAUAAAACUGAUCCUGUUUUCAGGUUGGAGUGGAUUCUGAACAGUUUACAGCGCGAUUUAAUGUUGUUUGAGAAUCAGCUUCCCUUCUUCAUCCUUUGCAAAUUGUAUGAAAUAAUUGAGCUUCCAGACCAAGAAAGCGGAUUGAUCGAUCUUGCCUUGAACUUUUUUAGUGAUCUUUUACCAGGUCACGGGACAACACGCGAAAAUGGAAAUCCACAGGACAACAUCAAACAUUUGCUUGACUUGAUACACAGAAAUUGGUCUACAUCAAAACUCAAGCCUGUUAAAGAAGUGAUAAGGGGCACAGGAGAUAUGGCGUUGAUCCGCUGUUCCAUGGAACUUGCAGAGGCUGGAAUCAAGUUAGAGAAAAUUGCUCAAGAGGACAUAUUUGACAUAGAAUUUGAAAAUGGAACUCUGCGAAUCCCCACAUUAGCCAUCGAAGAGAGAACAGAAUCUUUCCUCCGGAACCUGGUUGCCUAUGAGCAAUAUUGUGGGGAUGAUCAAAUCAACAUUGUGACAGACUAUGUGACAUUCUUGGGUUGCCUCAUCAAGUCUGCAAAGGAUGUAGCAAAACUCUCCCACCGUGGAAUCAUUCGUAACCUUAUUGGUGAGAAUGAAGUCAUCUCUCAAAUGUUGAACAAAUUGAAUGUCUGCAUCAUUGUGCCCAGUAGAAACUUCCUUUACGCUGAGAUAUUCGAAAGACUGAACAUCCAUUGCAGCAGACCUGUGAAUCGAUGGAGGGCUACGUUAUGGAGAAAUUAUUGCAACACUCCUUCGGGAAUAAUUUCGAUUAUUGCUGCCUCUUUUCUGCUGAUACUUACUUUGUUGCAGACUAUAUUUUUGAUUUUAUCUUGGAAGAACCAUUAG